AAUGCGCAAAAGAAGAAAAAAUGAAGCCCCAGACCAAUGCAAAGCUCGUACUUUACGUGAUCGCCUAAAUAAGAGGAAAAGAGAAUUAAAAACUGAUGAGCAACAUGAAAUGCGUUUGGUUAAAGACCGUGAAAGAAAGCAACAUAAAAGAUCCAUCUUAAAAUCAAUUGAUAAAUAUCAGAACCAUCAAGAAGAGGUUGAAUUGGAAUUAAAUUCAACAACUUACCCAAUUUGA